ACUUCGCCUCGCAAUGGCUUCGAAACUCAUGAUGAACCCCGGAGAGAUUCUUCUCGAAGGGGAGCUGGAAAAGCGAAGCGACAGCUUGUUCCAGCUCUGGAAGAAGAAGCGAGGAGUGCUCACCGACGACAGCCUGCGCCUCUUCUCCGGGACCAGCGAGCGCGCCAAGGAGCUGCGCUUCCACUCCAUCCUAAAGGUAGACUGCGUGGAGCACACCCGCAAGUACGUGUACUUCACCAUCGUCACCACCGACUUCAAGGAGAUCGACUUCCGCUGUACCGGCGAGAGCUGCUGGAACGCGUCCAUCACCCUGGCACUGAUCGACUACCAGAACCGUCGGGCGUUGGAAGGCUUCCGCCGCCACCGUUUUCAGCGCACCGAGUCUGAAGCGCAGCAGCCGGAGUCCCAGGAGCAGCGCGCCCUAAGUCGGUGGUGAGUGCCGCGCUGUCCCAGUGAGGGGUAUGGAGGU